CCUUCUACGACAGCGGUCAGAUCAGGAACUGAUCAAUUGGACCGAUCAUUAUCAUCGCUGGUCGAAGGAACACCGAAUUUGACGUCUUAGCCGACCAUCCUUACCUGUUUGGAAUCGACAGGGGCCUCAACCCGCCACCGCCUGUCCCUUAUCAUCGACUACUUCAAGGACCAGGAAUUCGUUAGAUUCUCCGCUACUCUUCAUAGCCGCAAUGUCUGCUCGUACUUUGUCGCAAAGCCUUCGCGCCCGCUGCCUUUUCCGCAGACCUCAGAACGUUCAGGGUUUCUCGACUCGUACCAACCUCCGUGCUGCUGAUCAUGGAGAUCACUACGACCCUCCGACUGGGUGGCUUUUCGGUAUCAAGCCUGGCCAGAAGUACGUGAAGGAAGGCUGGGAGAACGUCUGGUACUACGGAUUCAUUGGUAGCUUGCUCGUUGCCGGUGUCGCAUACGUCUUCAAGCCAGACACCUCUAUACAAACAUGGGCCUUGGAAGAGGCACGGCGGAGACUGGAAGCCGAGGGUAUCCUGGAGGACCCCGAGAAAGCUCAGAGGAAGUAAAGGACAAUAUUUGUCCUCAGUAUUUCCUUGUACAUUGUACAUAGAGCGGUCGGACAUGGAAAACAGUUUCGGAUGAGAUGUUGUACCUGUGCUAGCGGAUACGAUUCGCCAGC